GUUCAGGCUACAGUUGGCCGGUAGAGGGCGUUCUCCUGAUACAAAACUCAUACCCACUUGUUUGUCAACAAAGAAGCCGUAGUUUCUCGUGCCUGCUAUUUCACUUCCGUUAGCAGUCAAAGAUGGCGGCGGUCACUUUACGAAACUCCAGGUCUUUGCUGUCAUUAUUCAGCAAAAGUUUCUUCCGACCGAAGCUCAACGCGCUUUGCUCCUAUCACAAAAAGGUGGUGGAUCAUUACGAAAAUCCGAGAAACGUGGGCUCACUGGACAAGAACAAGAAGAACGUGGGGACAGGGCUGGUGGGUGCACCAGCCUGCGGGGAUGUUAUGAAACUUCAGAUUCAAGUAGAUGAAAACGGCAAGAUCGUGGAAGCAAAGUUCAAAACAUUUGGCUGCGGAUCAGCCAUCGCCUCCAGCUCUCUGGCCACUGAGUGGGUGAAGGGGAAGUCGGUUGAUGAAGCUCUGAAGAUCAAGAACACAGACAUUGCUAAAGAACUCUGCCUUCCUCCAGUCAAGCUUCAUUGCUCUAUGCUCGCAGAAGACGCCAUUAAAGCAGCGCUGUCAGACUACAGACUAAAACAAGAGGAGAAAAAAUAGGACUGUGCCAAAGCCAGCAGCUGAGCUACGACGCACCGACCGUACUGAAAUAUUUCAUCAACGUCACGAUGACAAACAUUUCUCGGCAGAGCUGUCAAGAUGAGUGACAAGAUGAGUCUUGCCUUCAGGGAGCAUUAAAUAAAGUUUAGCUGCCUUUUCCUGAA